UUGGGUUGUCAGCCCAACCAACCAAGACUAAGCUCCUCGUUGGUCACGCCCACACUAUGUUCUCAUUACCUCGCCAUCGCGACAUUCUCUUCUCUCCUACUUCCCCCAAAUCUCUUACCCGCAUUGCUCUCCUCGUCAUUCCGUCUUAUAAUAGACAACAACAACAACAAAAUAAUCGCCCCAUUAAACAACGUAGUCUUUUCGUCGAACACCUCAAGAGCAAUCCCUUUACUUCACAUCUACUCGCCCGUUCCCUUGCCUCAUCCUCCUCUGUAAUGGGAUCCCUUUCAGCCCUCAACGAACCUCUGCCGUACCCAAUUGCACGCCGUGAUGAAACUGUUGUAGAUAACUAUCAUGGAGUUAACGUUCCUGAUCCUUAUCGAUGGCUUGAGGAUCCUGAUUCAGAAGAGACCAAGGAGUUUGUGGAAAAGCAAGUGAAUCUAACGGACUCAGUUCUCAAGACUUGUGAGACAAGAGAAAAGCUACGGCAAAAAAUCACGAAAUUGUACGAUUUUCCAAAAUAUGAAGUCCCUUUUAGGGCGGGCGAUAAGUACUUUUACUUCCACAAUACAGGACUUCAACCCCAAAAAGUCCUUUACGUGCAGGAUAGUUUGGACGGAGAACCAGAGGUUUUGCUUGAUCCAAACACACUUAGUGAGGAUGGGACAGUUGCAUUGAGUAUUUGUUCCAUUAGUGAGGAUGCUAAGUAUUUGGCAUAUGGUAUUAGUUCGAGCGGUAGUGAUUGGAAUACUAUCAAAGUUAUGCAGGUUGAUGAUAAGAGCGUCAAGCCUGAUGUAGUUUCGUGGGUUAAGUUCUCUGAUGCUAGCUGGACCCAUGAUAGCAAAGGGUUUUUCUAUAGCCGUUAUCCAGCGCCAAAAGAUGGAGAAAGUUUGGAUGCUGGGACAGAGACACAUACCAAUUUAAACCAUGAAGUGUAUUAUCAUCGCUUGGGUACUGAUCAGUCUGAUGAUAUCUUGUGCUGGAAAGAUGCUGAAAAUCCUAAGUGUACACGAUCAGCUUCGGUGACAGAAGAUGGAAAGUAUGUUCUCCUAUAUACUUAUGAAAACUGUGAUCCAGUCAACAAGGUUUAUUACUGCGAUUUAUCUGCACUUCCUGAUGGGAUUGAAGGUUAUAAAGGGAGAAAUGAGCUGCUACCCUUUAUCAAGCUUGUUGAUAACUUUGACGCCUCUUAUGACAAUGUUGCAAAUGAUGGCACUCGUUUCACUUUCCGGACGAAUAAGGUUGCUCCCAAGUAUAAAUUAGUCAGAGUAGAUCUGAAGGAACCUGAUUCUUGGUCCGAUAUCAUCCAAGAGGAUGAAAAGGAUGUGCUUGAAUCAGCUGUUGCUGUCAAUGAAAAUCAACUUGUUGUGAGUUAUCUGAGUGAUGUGAAAAAUGUUUUGCAGUUGAGAGAUUUGAAAGCAGGAGCACUGCUUCAUCAUUUACCCAUUGAUAUUGGCACAGUGUCUGGAAUUUCUGCUCGCCGCAAAGACAGCACUAUUUUUAUUGGAUUUACAAACUUCCUAAUCCCUGGAAUUAUAUACGAGUGUGAUCUCAAAGCAGAGGUUCCAAAUCUGAAAGUAUUUCGAGAAACUGUUGUCCCCGGCUUUGAUCAUACUGAUUUUCAAGUUAAUCAGGUUUUUGUGCCCAGUAAAGAUGGUGUCAAGAUCCCUAUGUUCAUAGUGGCUGGAAAGGAUAUUUCCUUGGAUGGAUCACACCCUUGUUUAUUAUAUGGAUAUGGAGGAUUCAAUAUUAGCAUUACUCCGUACUUCUCUGUCGGCCGUGUUGUAAUUGCGAAGCAUUUAGGUGUUGUGUUCUGCAUUGCAAAUAUUCGUGGUGGCGGGGAAUAUGGAGAAGAUUGGCAUAAAGCUGGCUCUCUUUCCAAAAAGCAAAAUUGCUUUGACGACUUCAUUUCUGCUGGUGAGUAUCUUGUGGCAGCUGGUUACACUCAGCCAGAAAAGUUGUGUAUCGAAGGUGGAAGCAAUGGUGGGCUUCUUGUUGGAGCCUGCAUCAAUCAGAGACCUGAUCUCUUUGGCUGUGCUCUUGCACAUGUUGGUGUUAUGGAUAUGCUUAGAUUUCACAAGUUUACCAUAGGUCAUGCCUGGACCUCUGAUUAUGGCUGUUCAGACAAGGAGGAAGAGUUUCAGUGGCUAAUCAAGUACUCACCACUGCAUAAUGUCAGAAGGCCAUGGGAACAAUCUCCCGAGCAAGAAUCUCAAUAUCCGUCCACUAUGCUAUUGACAGCAGAUCAUGAUGAUCGAGUGGUGCCACUGCACUCGUUGAAAUUAUUGGCGACCAUGCAAUAUGUCCUAUGCACAAGCCUGGAGAAGAGUCCCCAGACCAAUCCCAUCAUUGGUAGGAUCGAUCGCAAGGCUGGUCAUGGAGCUGGGCGACCAACGCAAAAAGUGAUUGAUGAAGCUGCAGACAAAUAUGCCUUCAUGGCUAAGGUCUUGGGUGCAUCUUGGAUGGAGUAGAUGAAGUUGAUGCCGAGCAUUACUAAAUCAUAAACUAAGAAGAUGGUGAAGGGUGAAUUUACAUGUGGUCAUAAUUUGUGCUGCAAUUUCCAGAUCAAGUAUCUGUUUCCAAUUCAGAGUUCUCAGAAAUGAAUCAGGCUUACAUCAUUGAUUAUCUUUUUCGGAUUCCUAUGGCAUGAAGGUGCAGAAGAAGUUUUAACAAGAUGAACUUUUUUUCAGUUUCGGCUACAUUCUUGGCCACUUCUUGAAGCCCAUCAAUACCCCUCAUACGAGAUUGUGAUAUAUUGCAUCUUAAUUCAUGGCCCUUCUUCAACCCCCAACCAUUCUAUAGUUUUGCUCCUCAUGCAUUGGUUCCCAUGUGUAUGAAAAUGGUCAGUACAAUGACGGUUUCUGUUGAUGGAUAUCAUGCAUUUUAGCUAUUCUGAGAAAACUGAUGUAAAAGUUGUGAUAUUUAUUUUAAUUUCAAUUGCAGAAAAUAUUCUUAUCAAAUGGAA